AUGUAUGGCUCGCAGUUAUCGUGGUGCAUGGUGUCGCGUUGCGCGCGCAAGGCUGCUCGAGUGACCGGUGAGCGCGCCCACGUUCCAGAGGCAAGCGGGUUGGCCCCGACUGCGCUCCCAGGACCGCACUACCUUAUCGUCCACGACCGGUCCCAAGCUGAUUGGAGGACUGGCACUGGCUCGACUUCCUCAGUUCCAGAGCCGCCUGUAGGGGGAUCUAAGCGCCGCCGACCAACGCGUCGUGUGCUUACGUCUUCCGACGUCAACUUCUCGGCAGAGGUGGCCAAAGAAAUACGAACAAAAAUCAUGGCGUCCCUACUGCAGACGAUUGACACGGCCCACGAGGAUAUGAUACACGAUGCCCAGAUGGACUACUACGGCACCCGCCUGGCGACGUGCUCGUCGGACCGGUCAGUGAAGGUGUUUGACAUCCGCAACGGGACACAGAAGCUGGUGGCGGACCUGAAGGGCCACGACGGACCGGUCUGGCAGAUCGCCUGGGCCCACCCCAUGUUUGGCACCGUGCUGGCCUCCUGCUCUUACGACCGCAAGGUGAUGCUCUGGAAGGAGACAGACGGCGUCUGGGCCAAGCUGCAGGAGUUCAAGAACCACGACUCCUCCGUGAAUUCCAUCUGCUGGGCACCCCACGAAUUUGGACUGAUGCUGGCGUGCGGCAGCUCGGACGGCGCUGUGUCCAUUGUGAGCACCUCUGGCGACGGCUCCUGGGAGACCCAGAAGAUCAACAACGCCCACACCAUUGGAUGCAAUGCAGUGAGCUGGGCACCUGCCCUGGUGGCGUCGGUGUCGCCCGAAGCCCCCACCGAGGACCCGGCAGCCAACAAGACAACCCCCGUGAAGCGCUUCGUCACUGGAGGCUGUGACAACCUGGUUAAGAUCUGGAAGUUUGUGGAGGCAGACUCCAAGUGGACGGAGGAGCACAAGCUGGAGGCCCACUCGGACUGGGUGCGGGAUGUGGCCUGGGCGCCCUCGGUGGGCCUGGGUUCCCAGAGCACGGUGGCCUCUUGCUCCCAAGACCACCGGGUCAUCCUGUGGACGAGCCAGGACUGCGCCACCUGGACCUACCAGGUGUUGGCCACCUUCGACGACGUCAUCUGGCACGUGUCCUGGUCCGUCACCGGCAACAUCCUGGCCGUCUCCGGCGGCGACAACAAGGUGACGCUGUGGAAGGAGACCCAGGACGGCAAAUGGGUCUGCAUCAGCGACGACGCCAAGACGCAGCAGAACGCAUCGGCGCUGACCGCGCCGCCGACCCCAGCCGUCGGCUCCGAAAGGACCCUGUGAAGAUUGGCCCUCCCCUAGCCGCCGCAUCCCGUGUACAGUGACCCCGGCCCUCCAACCAACAAAAAUUCCUCCCUUCUUAAUUAAAACGCGCUAAAACACAAGGAA